AUGAUUGCUGCCGUGUUUGUUGCUGAGCGGUACCGCGGCUCCACCCGAGCGGAGAACCAGCGCUCCUUCCAGCUGCUCCAGGAGUACCUCGAUCUCGCCAAGAGGGAGCCCGGCGACGCCGGCCCCGCCGCGCGCACGCCGUACCGCUUCCGCUUCUUCCUCAGGCCGCAGGAGGACGCGGAAGCCACGGACUUCGAUGCAACAGAUGAGGGCGAUGACGCCAAGCCCGUCGCUCGGGCAGCGCUGGCCCGGGCGGAGGUGACCCUUCCCCCGCCUGAGCCGAGCCCAGGCGGGGGCGGCGCGCUGUCAGCGGCCACCAAGAAAGCCCUUGCCAAGCUGCUGGGAAUGUGCGGGCUGACCGCCGACCUGGCAGACACACAGGAGGAGCAGGCGGCGCGGCAGAGGCUGCUCGUAUUCCUACCAGAGGCAGCCGAGGUGGUACGGCAAGCAGAGUCGGGCGGCGUUGGCUGGGAGGUGCAGGCUGCCAACAUGCGCGGCGCAAUGCGCCUCGCACGGCAGGUCGUCGUUGGGUUUGGCCCCGGCGACUUCCCGGGGCCGCGCCAGGCGCUGGCGCGGGUGCUGGACGAGCUGGCGACGGAGGGGGCUGACGUCACAGGCGCACACAUCAUGUUCGGCUCAAAGACCGUCAUGGAUGUGCGCGGGACCCUGUGGCUGGACGCGUCCGAGGAAGACCGUGAGUUCUGGGCCGACUUCCUCGGAGGGGCCGACCUGCGCUUCGCGGCGUCGAGGCGCGAGGCCGCCGCGGCGCUGCGGCGGCUCGAGGGCGCGGUGGCGGGCGCGGCGGGGCUGGGGAUGGUGUUUGCGCCGGCGGCGCUGGCGAUGACCCCCGACUACAGGCUGUUCCUUGAGCGGCUCGCCAAGCACUCGGCGCAGUACGGACCAGUUGCGGCUGCGGGCGCACCGCGCAGCAGUCCUGGCAGCAGCAGCAGCAGCAGCAGCAGCAGCGAACCGGGGACCAGCAGAGCCCAAACGCCGCCACCCUUCUCUGAGUUGCCGCUGUACGUGGCACCUCUGCAAAGCAGUGCCGAGGGCGGGGCCGGCGGUGGCAGCGGCGGUGGCGGUGCGGCCGGCAGUGGCAGCGGCAGCGGCAGUGGCAGUGGUAGGGGCAGUGGCUUUGAGGUGUCCGAGGGGAUGGGCUGCCUGCAAGUGCCCGUGUCUGCAGAGGCCCACCAAGUCUACGGAUUUGUGCAGGACCGCGGCGCAGAGGCGCUGCGCGCCUUGACGCAGCGGCGUAGCCAAGAGGCGCGCGUCGAGGACCUCUCUGCCCGCGUGCGGCGGCGGCUGCGGCUGCGGCGGCUGACUAGGGACCCCCUCAUCACCCACAACCAGUUCGAGUCCGCCUGCGCGCGGCUGCUGCAGCACGCCGCGGCGCUGCUGCAGUCGGCGGAGGGCCUGAGCGUGCGCGUGUCGGACGCCAAUCGGGUGGAGGGGCAGAGCGUCGACAUCGCCUGGGACGCGGAGCCAUGA